AUGGCCGGAUUCAAGAUCCCCAAAACAGCAACAGGCCUCCGCGAAGUGCCUGACUCGCACCUCGACCUUCGUGCUGAAUCAGACAUCAUUGCAGAGCUCCAGUCAUUCCGUCCUGUUACCACUGAAAAGAACGUAUGGGCCUUCUGGGAUAAGGGACUAGAUGCCAUGUAUCCGAGCUAUCGGUGCACAGUGUUCAAUUGGGUACGGAAGCUCGGCCCAUCCUGGACCGUUCGCAUCGUGGACCUUGCUGAGGGUUCCCCAAACAACAUAUACAACUUUGUGUCUAGGGAUUGGUUUCCCGAUUGCUUCGUCCACAGGACCAUGGAUGGGAAUCAUGCGGCACAACACGCUGCAGAUCUAGUGCGUCUUCCUUUGCUCUACGAGCAUGGAGGCGUAUGUAUGGAUGUUGGAAACAUGCUGCACACGCAUCUAGACCAUCUGUUCUGGGACCCUCUCACGGCUCCAAACUCGCCCUACGAGAUGGGUGCAUGGAUCAUCACCGGCCAAAUCAGGAAGCAGUGGGGCAGUUUUGGCAACUACAUGUUGGCUGCCAAGAAAGGUUGCACAUUCAUUAAGAACUGGCACGACUGUUAUAAGGAGUUAUGGAAGAAUCGCACCAACGCCGACGGCUUCCACAAACUGCCUCUGGUCCAAGAUAUCGGUCUUGCUGAAGGCAUGGCAGAUUGGAAUUUCGCUGACAAGAUCCGCGAGAUGAGUGACUAUGUUGCCCAUAUGCUCAUUGCGGACCGCACAAGGAAUCUACUUGACGUCAGCACUGGUUGGAACGGACGCGAAUUCUUCAAGAACAAUGUGUUCAUGGUUGAAGGCAUCAACAAUGGCGUUCUUGGUGCGAUCAAGACAGAUUACGAUGGCUAUAAGCAAGUUCAGCUUUUGACCACCCGGCUAGAUGAUCCGGAUGCUGGAAAGAGGCAGGCAGCGGAGGCCUUCGUGGUGGAGAUGCUGGAGAAGAGUCACAUGUAUAAGGUGUAUCACAACUCGGCAGGUGGUCUGCCAGCACUGGGAGAUCUCGUCAAAAAAGAAGGAUUUCGGGAUGCUGAUCAUAGACCAGGAACUUUUGGUGAGAUGUACAGAUACGGGACGGUGCAUUGGCAGUCGACACGUGGAGUGGAGCGCUUGGUGCCGCAACUAGAUGAGGAGGACUUGAUUCAGGCUACACCGAUAGAACCAGCAAGACGAUAG